AUGCUCCAGCAAAUUGAUGACAGUCUUGAACUCCAAGACAAAGAACGAUGGGACAAGGAUCGAAAGGAUUCCUUGUACACGGCGGCCCUCAACAGCUGGAGAAGCCCUGAUACAUAUGUAUCGGGCCCUGGGAGCCUCCAUAGCAGGCUAACGGAGGUCAUGCAUCACGACCAGUUCGUCGAAGUGGCCGCCAACAAUGUCAGAAUCGAUGAGUUACUGAGGGACUGGGUCAGAGAGUUAGUUGACAACCCCAUAUUUGGCCAUGUUGAUAUUCCUACCGCCAAUGAGAUCAAAGACAAUAUCAGAAAAUUGUCUGAUUAUCUCGACGACUGUAAAGAGUCUACAACCGAGGAAAGGAAGAGAAAGGAGACACUGGCAUGGACUCUCGACAUCUUGGACGGUGACGUCAAGAAAAGGAAACAAAAAAAGGAUGAAGAGGAUGAAGAGGAUGAAGAGGACGAAGAGGACGAAGAGGACGAAGAGGACGAAGAGGACGAAGAGGAGGAGGCGGAAGAAGAGGAAUGGGGUUCUGUUUUGAAAAAGACGGCAUUUACGUUUCUGUCAGCCUCCACCUAUUCUUGA